AAAAUGGAGGGGAAACAAUAUACAUAGGCGAGGCCGUCGGAUGUGGCGUCGGAGGCGCCGCCCGUGGCCUUGGAUUUGACAAAGGGAACCAAGUGGCUUGUGCUUGUCCUGGCCAGCAGCACUCAGGCGGCAAUGUGUUCCUUUGUCCGACUCUCUUAUUGUAGUAAAAUUAUUUAGAAAAAAAACACAUGAUUCAAUUUUUUUUUUUUUUAACAUAGACAUAUGAUUCAAUUAUUUCAGUGAAAAGCGUACUUUAUUUACCCUCCUUAAUUCCAACUCUCACUCAACUUAAACUCCACAGACAAAUCGUUCUAUUUUGUCCAAAACCAAAAUGUUACUUUGUUUCCCACCCUCUCUUACGCCUCGGCAGGUGGCACCCUUUCAACCAAUCCAAGUUAUCCAAUUUUUAACCUACUUAGAAUGACUCUUUCAUCAACCAAAAUAUAUCAGGUAGACAAACAAUGAUCUUCUAAAGUUUUUAAAAUAAUGAAAUUGAACCAAAAAUCGAAAAAGAUGGUAAUGAGAACAAUACACGCUAUUAACUAUAUAACGGUCAUUUUUUAACAUCAUUUCAAAAAAUUGACAUGAACAAUCCUUGCAAGAAAUAAAAAAGAAUAUUGACCGUUAUAUUUUUAUUGUGAAAGAACAUGUAAUAGAAUGAUAUAGAAUUCAUUUUUAGACCUUUUCAACUCAAAAACAUAAAAUUCAAUGCAUUCAUUCAAUCUAAUUCAACAAAAGCUAAAAACAAAUGGUAACAUGAGACAAACAUAGUCGGUUUGCUUAACAGAAAAUCUUUUGCCAUCAAAUUAGGAGUUAAUUAAAGCUAAGAGUUUGACUUUUCAGUUUUCAUAAACAGGGGAGUAUGCAUUAUAUAAAAAAAAUUGCUCAAAGUUUUGUUUAAUAUAAUCUGUACUGCAUAGCUUUGGGAUUAUGUGAUAGAUACAUAAUUAUCAGACAAACAGUAAGCUUCUUACAAACAUGAAGUUAUUGUUAAUCAGCCAGCCAACUAGUCGUGGCUCCAAUACAAAGUUCCAAAUUUGAGAUCAAAACUUUGGAAGUAGUCUAGAUAUAGGUCGAAAAUCCAAAGGGUAGUACAUGCCCUAACUUUUGGGCCAACACUGUGGUGGACCAGUCAAAUGAAUCCUCUCCUCACCUUCCCUAAUAUAGCUCCUACAUUUAAGAUUUUGACCUAAUCUUCCUGUCAAUUUCCAGGCAUGGAAAUCGGAAUGGAAAGUGAUGGUUGAUUUCCUUAUUAAAUUAUAGGCAGGGCCUAAUUAAGGUGUUUUCUGAUUCUAAAGACCACAGGCUUGCUAUGGGGCUGAUAUGAGCUGAUGAGAAUGGGAAUUGGGCUGUUAGCAUUGGGCUUCAGCCCAUUGAGAAAGGACAGAUGAAAUUGCUAUAAAAGCCAGGGGAACAAAAGAUCAGAAUGUUUGUUCAGACAGGCUGUAUUGUAAUGAAUCAUAUGGCAGGCAGAGGCUUGCAACUACCAAGAGUAGAGUGGCUUGUACCAACAGCAGAACAAAGACCAGAGUAGGGUGCAUCUUUGAAAAACCAUAGUGAGCAAAACAGGAUGAAAACUAUACUAAACGGGGCAUAAUACUUCAACUAUAAUGCUGAAAUCAAGCUAGCAAUACUUGAUCUCUACUAAUACGUAGUUGCACCAGUACACCAAGCUGGUGCAAUAAGAUUUCACAAACUAAUCUUGUACCGAACAAAAUCCUAUAUUAGACAGAUAAGGCACAAGAUAAAGCAACUAUGGAGCAGUAAAGCCUUUUCAUGACAGAAACAAACAAAACAAACAACGCGCCAAUAGCUCCUCAACCUACUACGUAUAAAUAAGGCCACCCAAAAUGGGUUAUGGCUCUCUUAUCAGAAGUUGAAAGUGAAAUGACACAAUGCACUAGCAGCUACCAUUCAGCAUUCAUCAAAGCCAUCUCUUCUCCCUCCCUCCUUCCUUUCCAUUCCAUUCCUACCACACCCUCACUUUGCUUUUAUGACAUCAACCAUUAAUGCUCAGUUCAGAGAGCCUGGCUACAGAAAUGAGGCAAAUGAAGGAAGAGGAGCAGGUAAAGAGAGAGGGAGAGAGUGAGGACGGUAAGCAGUUACUAGUUAGUACAUUUUAGCUCUUCUUUCUCUUGAAGGUGCACUGUUUCCUUUGGUUUCUACAAGUGGGGGAGACAUUCCCACUUUUAACUGAGCCCAUGUGAUUCAUGGCUCUUUUGCUUGCUAUUACGUAAUGUUUUUUAAGAAAGACUCAUAUGAACUGCCUGAAUCAGAUAAAAAUGAAGCCUCUCUAUCUACUAUCUGGUCUCUACUCUCUUAUCCCCCCUCUCAUAGUUAUUGCUAACAACUACACCGACCAACCCACCCAUGGCAGCAAGCAUGUGUGCCAUAAAUUUCCAUGGAUAAGUGGCUUGUUGAACCAGACACUAAUCACAUAGCCCUAAAGCUCUACUUCCACACCCUUAACCACAUUGUUCAUUUUCCCUUCUGUGAGCCUAUAAAUUGCUAUUGGCUUUUCCUCCCCCUAAGCAAUAAAGAAAGAGCCUUCUACUCAAGCCCAACGGACCACUGAAAGCUACUCCCUCUCCCUACCGCUACACAUCCUCCCUCCAUAUAGGCCAAAUGAUAUUCACAUGACCUUGUUUCUAGUGAGGGGAAGAAAAAGAAGAAUUAAAAUUCAUUUUCUCCUACUUGUCGCUCAAAGCUGGAAUUCACCAACUAUUCUCUGCUGUUGUUCCGUUUCUUUAUCCACACAACCUGAAGAAGAGCUCAUCUUCUAGUAGUACAUGGUAAUGCUCUGAAAAUUCUUUGCCACUAAAAUCCAAAGCACUCACAAAGGUUGAAGAAGCCUUAGUGUGGGGAGAAGUCUAUAUUUCCUACUUGCUCUCAUCUUGCCAUGAAUCAUCCUGUUAUUAUUGUUUUGUUCGUCUCAUCUUUGUUCACCAUAUCCCUGUCCCGAAAGGUUGAGCCACCCACUAGAAAUGCCCAAAUCAGAGUUAUGGGGUUUGUUUAUUGUGAUAUCUGCUCUAAUAACAGCUUUUCCAGACACAGCUACUUCAUGCCAGGUGCAGAAGUUAGAAUAGACUGCAAGUUCAAAGCAAGUGCACCGAAAACAAGGGAGCAAAUAGCAUUCUCAGUAAACAGGACAACAAACAGGUACGGAAUGUACAAAUUAGAAAUACCAGCUGUUGAUGGGAUCGAGUGUGCAGAGUCGGCCAUUGCAUCUUCCUGCGAGGCAAGCUUGAUGUGGACUUCAUCCAAAUCGUGCAAUGUUCCUGGAUACAAAACCACAUCAGAUGAGAUAGCAAUCAAAGCCAGAAAACCCAAUCUCUGCAUCUAUAGCCUCAAUGCAUUGAAUUUCAGACCGUCGAAAAACGAGAACUCUCUGUGUGGGCAUUAGUGAAAGAUCAAAAGGCUUAGAGAAGCCUGUUCUGGGACACAACAAAGUUUGCCUAUGAAUGAAUUGACUUCUCCGUUUAUUUUCAUAGUUGCCCUCUACCUUUUUGUCAGUCUUGCAAUCUGCCCUUCUGUUAACCCAGCGGAAUCUAUUCUUCAAACCCACGACCCAGAUUCACCAAAUUUAUACUCAAUUAUCAUUUGGGUUUCUGUGUUUCUCUUGGUUGAUACUAUUAUGUCGGAACACUGUGUAAAUGCAAAUGCAGAUAUGUCAGUAUGGACAAGCUUUUUCAUCAUUAAGCUUCUGUAGCCUAUUAGAUAUACGGUCUUGUGGCUAACCACCAAGUAGUUACCCAAACAGAAGGUGCUAGUUAAAGGCACGAACGUACUUAAGGUUCUAGAAUGGGCGGCACAUCAAAAUUAAGGUGCAAAACAUCACGCAUAGAAAGUGGGGAGAAGAAGAGGAAUAAGAAUUACCCCGGAGACUGUUUGAUUCCAAGCUAGAGCUAUCAGCUUCAGUCUCAGCCUUCAUAAGUAAAUGCAUGCCAGCCUGAAACCAGUGAAGGGUCCUUCCUUCACACUGGUUCUUCUUCACAGAUAAACAAACUAACACAGUAGCAGUUACUGGUCUAGCCUUGCUCUGGAUUUGGUCUCCUCAGCUAAACAAUCCAAGUUUCUCCAGACUUUAAACUGCCACCACCGUCAUUUUGUUUCCUUCGAAGCGAUAACCAUGCAGAAAACAAGGAGAGGAAAUUAGUCACGAUACCACCAAAUAUUGGAUCUCUUUAACAACUGUAUAAUCGACGUGCUCUUUCCCCUCCAUCGUAAUUCGUUCAUAUUCCUCGCCUUGUCAUAUUCUGUUUUAUGUCAGCGGACUAAUUCCUCUUUUCCCAUCUUGCUCCAAUUAUGUUAGAUUACAGUUUAUGUUGUCCAUCAGCAGGUUGCAACAAUUUAACAGGGGGAAAACGACAGAUUUAAGUGUGUCGCGUUUUGCCACCAGCUUCCUAAGAAGAGGACAGGCAGCCCACAAUGCAGGCAGAAUGAACAACAAAAGGGUAUUUCAACAAGAAACAAAGAUUAGAAGCUGCAAAAUUUAACUUUUUGAAGGAACUGAAACAGGGCAGUCAAAGGAAACCUUUAACCAGUUAUACAUUAAAGCCAUCAUGCUUCCUACAUAAUACCCAUUUUCGGCAUGAGAGGACAGAGGUAAUGUAUUUGCAGACAAACAUGCAGAUGUUGUUCAUCAUGUAAUUCUACUCCUUUUCCGCGUUCGCCACUCGAAACAAUGUAAGAACAAAUCAAGAAGGAAACAGGAAGAUAUCUAAGGGAACUAGUGGAUCCCAUUUUUCUCAUCCUUGUUUGUUUCUUUCCCAUUUGAUUCCAUCCAGAGAUCUACUGUAGUUAUAAGUAAAAGGACAAAGCUUUGAUUUACCUGACUGAUACUAAUCCUAAUCUGGAUACCCCCAUCUGUCUUCCAGAUUAUACCACCAUGCAAGCACCUCAAUUCUAAGCUGGAAGUCAAACGCAAGCUUAACUCACCAGAGACUAUAAAUGGAGUUGAACAAGAAAGCAGCCAAGACAAGGCCACUUGCUGAGAUACAGAGCUCUUUGAUUAUCUCACAUCUAUAGGUGGCUUUUCCAUGUGAAUAUUGAAAUCAAUCUUGAAUUAAGAG